GUGAUCACUUCACAAGUUAGGCUGUUAAAUGUGGAACUCCAAACGUGCCAGCAUCAGAACGAGCGGGGUACGCGACUGCCUAGGUACAUGUUACUCCAAGAAUUUCAAACAUGGGGCGUGCACUUGUCAAUGAAAAAUAGCAUCGGCUGGCGAGAGUAGCUCUUGAGUGUGCAGAAGUGAAGGAGAACAAUGAACAAGGACGGUUGCCAUGACUGAGAAGGAUAUCGACGACAGGUGACAAAGACGAUAGCUAGCGUCUAUCUCUGAGGGAGUGAGGAUAUCUGAGACGCCCGACGUUGGACCUUGCAGCUCAUCUGAGGAAAAGACAAGGAACAAAGGAGGGCACUGAAGUAUUUAUAAAUCAGCGAAGAUUUGAACUCAGCUUGAUAUCGCAAUGUGCAAUGCGCAUGCACUCUGGAGCACGCGAAACGAAUUGCAUGCUUACAUCGCGGAACGUUAUGAGAGUUUCUGCAACAAAACACGUUCCAGCAUGGUGGUAUCUGUAUUUGUGAUUGUUUGGUACACAGGCAGUUUGCACGCAUUGACCUCGAGGAGAUCAACGUUUUACGAUGGUCUUCAGUCUCUUCGCUCGCAAGCCGAUUCACCACCCACGCUCAACUACACACACCCUCUCCCUCAAUUUCCCACACUGACUCACCAGUACCCCUCUUGCCAACGCCACCACCCAAUUCUUGCACCACAGAGACCGAGCCCGAACCCGAGACACGUCCUGCCGCAUUCCAAUGACGAUGAAAGCGCACUUGUCGAUCGUGCUGCGUAUGAAACGUUGUGGUCCUGCUGUGGAGGGAGUGUCGAAGGGACAGGUGAUAUGGGUCCCCCUGAUGGUUGGUGUUAUGAGGGAAGACACACAAUUUAUAGACAGACACCAAACGCGCACGUUUUCCGUGCAGAUUCUACCAUCCACGACGAUAAACUAGUCUCCUGCGCUACAAGGGGAUGCCAUGGCCGCAAACGCAAGCGGAGCGCAUCCGUCUCCAGCGAUGAUCUGAGCGCCAGCAUAAGGAAGAAAGACAAAGACAAG